AUGCAGUGCUGCGCCCUUGGUUGCGACUGGGCGGCGACCCCGGCGACCAAGGUCGCGUCGCGAUGCACACAGCGACGCGCACGCACACACGUGCACGCGCACACAGACGCCCUCGACGGGAACAGGGUGGUGCGCGUCUGUACAAUCGCCGAUGCCGAUUUAGUCCGCACUUGGGAUAUUUUCGCGCCACCGCUGAAGGGUUUUAACGGCAGCGAC